AUGGAAGACUGGAGAAGAAUUGACAUAGAUGCACUAGACACAGAAAAUCAGAUACUAGCUGAGGAACUAAAACCUGAUGUUCCACCAGUUAGUGCUGAAGAAGUUCAAUCAAAAAUAUCAACACUUCGUUCAUAUAUUUCAAAAGGUUCAUAUAAUGAUGCAAUUCUAUUCAUCACUGAAGACCCACCAUAUGGUGCAGAUGAGUCCUCAAAAGCACAAUUAUUAAAUUCAGUACUUGAUGUAUUGAGUGCAGUUAAACAAUCAGAUAUCCCAACAAUUGUGGAAUCUUUAUCAAUUGAACAACAGAAUGUUUUAGUUAAGUAUCUAUACAAGGGGAUGUCAGUGAGCAAGGGUCAACAACAAGGUGGUAUUUUGUUAUCAUGGUAUGACAAAACAGUGGACAUAACAGGUUUGGGUCCAGUUGUUCGUUACUUAUCAGAUAGACGCACUGUAUAA